AACUUCUUUUGUCAUCUAGUAGUUUGUCUAUGAUUAUGAAGUAUUGAACAAGCCGAAAAAUGGCUGCUGUUAAUUUUGUGCGAAGUGCUUUUAAUGGUUUAUUACGAAAAUCCACGACCUACAAAUGCGCAACAAUUUGCCGACUAUCAACAGUAGCCUUGCAGCAAAAAUGUCCUAUUAAAGCCAUCACCAAUACUUAUAAAAUUGAACACGCACAGAAUGUGGUAAACCAGCGUAAGCGCCAAUACGCCACCGGGCCCGUUCAUAAGAUCACCGAGUCGGAGAUCCAAGAGCGAGUGAUCAAAGUGUGCAAGGCUUACGACAAACUCGUAUCAGUGCAGAAUGUGCAAAUCGGUCGAAACUACAGCCACGGGCCUCCGAUUACACUCGAUCUUCUCAGACAAAGAGUUAUUCUAGUACUCCAACUUUAUGACAAAAUUAACUCUGAGAAGUUGUCCUUGGACUCACACUUCAUGACUGACUUGGGUCUGGAUUCUUUAGACCAUGUUGAAAUCAUCAUGGCUAUGGAGGAUGAAUUUGGUUUCGAAAUUCCUGAUGGAGAUGCAGAAAGACUUGUUAGACCUAGAGAUAUUGUUCAGUACAUUGCUGACAAGGAAGACAUUUAUGAAUGAGCGAAUGCAAAAUACUAAAGUAAUCAUUACUUGUCUUAGAUCAAAUGUGUAUGAUAUCUUGUAAAACUGUAUCACCAAGCAAUUUAGCAUUUUUGUAUGGUGUCAUUACCUAAUAAGAAGUGCCAUACUUUUUGAGCCCUGAUUAUAUGAUUUUGUGUAAACUUACUUUUCUGAAGAGUUGGUCCUCAUUUGUUUAAAUUAAUAAAAACAGAUCAAUUCACCUGAAUAAGGAAGACUAUUUUGCUAUGUAAAUUUGGUCACACUACUGCAUUGGACAAUUUUUAUGUUCUGUGUCCAUAGAUCAGUUUUCCAUUUGCAAGUUAUGCUUGGGUGAGUUUACUGUAAAGCACAAUCCCUCUUAUAAACCAUAAGGUGAGAUGAACCAGGAAGCUAUGCAGUUAGACAAAUGAACAAACACAUUUGGUGUAAGGUUUUGUGAUUGGUUUUAGUUAAUAGAACAGAUUAAACUUAUGUUAUAUUCAUUUAAGAAGGAACCUUGUGAACUUUGCCGUAACAUCUAGUAUGUGAUGUACAAAGUGUAAAUUGUUUUUAUUGAUUAUAUGGCUGUUAGACUAGAUCAUUUGCUUUUUAUUUGAUCAAUUGUAAACCUAUUUAUGCUUCAAUAAAGGAAGUUCUAAGUUCAA